UUAAAAGAAAUAGCAUAAAAAAUUCUUAUUUACACAAAACCAACCUACUUCGAACAUACUCUUUUAAGUUCCAAAUCCUAUGAAAUAGUGAACCAACUUUUAUAUUUCCAAAACACAAAAUAAAACAACAAAACACAAAUAUGGAGUUGAAAUCCUCCAUUAAUGAAACAUGGAAGCUCUUCUCACUAGGAACCUUUGUUGGUUGCCUUCUUAUACUCCUAAUCCUUGAUAAAAGCCACCAAAACACAAGUCUUUUAGCUGCUAGAAAUGCUAUGCUACAAUUUGGUCCUUUUAAAAUGCUAGAUUCGCCAACCGAUGAAAUUAUCAAUACUUUGGACCCUUCAAAUUUUACCACUACUAAUCCUAUCGAUGUUUCAAACGCUACCGCUCUUGCCCCUACGAUGAAUGAUCAAGUUAUCGCCGUCGAAAACGUGACGACUCCGAUGAACCAAACCGAGAAGAAGUGUAACAUGUUUGAUGGGCAAUGGGUUUAUAACCCGGAUGAAACUCCUACUUAUGAUUCGAUCAAGUGUCCUUUCCUUGAAGAGAAGAUUAGUUGUCGAGUAAACGGAAGGCCCGAUUUCGAGUACGAGAAAUGGAGAUGGGAAGCUAACAAUUGUGAUAUACCAUUAUUUAAUGGAACAGACAUGUUAGAAAGGCUGAGAAACAAGAGUAUGGUGAUAUCAGGUGAUUCAUUAAACAGGAACAUGUGGGAGUCACUAGCUUGCCUUCUUUACACUUCAAUUCCAUCUUCUAGAGUUGAAGUACAUGCCAACCAAGUACUGUAUAAAGUUCUUAAAGCAAAGGAUUAUAAUUUCACCUUUGAGUUUUACUGGAGCCCAUUUUUAGUUGAUUUUGAUACAAAGCACAAAAGUGGCAAAAAUGUUCUUGUUCUUGACAAGCUUUCACCCAAUUCUAAACAUUGGCUGGGUGCUGAUAUUAUGGUUUUCAACUCCGGUCACUGGUGGUCUCAUACCGGUAAAAUGAAAUCGUGGGAUUUGUUCGAGUACAAGGGAGAGUUAACAGAGGAAAUGCCGUUAGAGCUAGCAUACGAACGGGCAAUGAGAACAUGGGCUACAUGGAUAGAAAACAACGUAGACUCCACGAAAACUGUGUACUUCAGGAGUAUUUCAGCAGAGCACAAAAGUCGACAAUAUAAUCAAUGGUGCUACAAUGUAACAAAACCAAUAAUAGAUGAAUCAUAUGUAUCCGUCUACCCAGAGUCACUUGUUGAUACCAUUGAGACCAUGAUAAAUGGGAUGAACAAUCCAAAGGUGAACUACUUGAACAUUACCAAGCUUUCUUCAUAUCGAAUGGAUGCACAUCCAUCGGUUUAUAGGAGCAUGGACUGGAAGAACAUUACGAAGAAAUUCGAGAAUGUUUUGGGUUACGCUGAUUGUAGCCAUUGGUGUUUGCCUGGAUUGCCGGAUACUUGGAAUAGGUUGUUGUAUACAUCUCUGUUUUAUAAUAUUUCAGAUAUUACUAGUUCUUAAUAUUUAUUUCUUUGCAAGUACAGCUGUAAGUUUUUUGAAUUUUUAUGUUUUUGCCACAGAUUUGAAAAAGAGUGGUUUUCAAUUGUAGGAGAUUAGCGGUUGAAAGUGUGUAAAGUAUUCAGUCUAACCGGAUUGAAUUAAAUUGUAGAAAAUCAGAAUGAUGUUGAAUACAUGGAACGAUUGAAUUUUACUAUAUUGACUAUUGAAUUACUCUCAAGUCUCAACAUAAAAGUGGAGAUUAUUGUCAAGAUACAAUUGAAAUUGACAUGUGAAUUAGCUUACUCAAGAUAUAAGGUAAUUAAAAUCAAAGUUGUGCAUUAGAUAAAUGUAUUUAAAAAAAAAAAAAAACUGAUACGGUAUUGAGUGGAG